UUCCUAUGAUAUUGGGAAACUUCUUCGAUUAGGAUAAAGAACCAGAUUUGAUUCUCAGUUUAUUUAUAUUCCUCUUUCCCUCUCUCCGACGCUCCUCGUCGGAAACUUGGGAUUCACUUUUAUUCUGCACACAUCGGAAGAGACUCUAUUGAUUCCACGAACGUCGUCGUUUCGAGCGAUAAUGAAGCACGAUAGCCAGCAGAAGAGGAGGAAGAAGAAGAAGAGGCCCUCCUCCGGUGACGGAGCAGCAACGUCCGCCGUGAAGACAAAAGAGUUGGUGGAAGAGAAGAGACAUAUCGAAUCGCUGAUGGAUGCCUUCUGCUCUGUUUCCAUGGAGGAAGCGACGUCUGCUUAUAGAGAGGCAGCCGGAGAUUUGAACAAAGCCGCCGAGAUUUUGUCGGAUCUGAUGGAAAACGGUGAUGACCCGUCUGCGAGUUCGGGUCAGGAAACCGGGUCUACUUCUGAGUACGGGGCUGGUUCGAGCUCCAGCUGCUGCGGUGAUGACGUGGCGAGAGAGAGUUUGUUUAUGGGAGGACGAAGCAAGCAGAGUAGAGUUAUUGCUGCCACGGGGAUGGUGUCUUCCGUGAUUGCCAAGGAUUACUUGAAGCCGAAGAAAGACUUUCCUUCUUUUGUGGAAAGGUCUAAAGAGCACUCUGGGAAGAAAGCUGGGGAUAGAGAGAAAGCUGAGCAGUUUUUAACUUCAAUGCUUGGAGAUGAUUGCGAGCUUAGCAUGGCUGUUGUUAGAGAUGCCUUGUGUCAAUGUGGCUACGAUGUGGACAUGGCCUUGAAUGUGUUGCUUGACAUGUCUUCUUCUUCAUCAACUAAUGAUGAUUCGUUAAGUGGUAGAUGUUCCGGCAUAGGGUUCAGCGAUAGUCAGCUGGCGGAGACAUCUUUUGGUACUGAUACUUCUGAAAGUGAGCCAAGUUUCUGGGGAGGCUACAGUCAAAGGGAUUACUCGAAAGCUCUCAUGAGUGAUCCUUUUGCAACUAGACAAGGUAGUUGUGAGCCUUUUCAUCCACAAAAGGUGUUGGAGUUUCUGUUCAACAUUCCCCAGAGUACUAAACACGAACCAAAGACUAUGAGUUGGAGAAACGUCGCAAAGAAAAUGCAGUCACUUGGGAUUGAUACUUCUUCAUCUAGUGGUGAAGGGUCCCAGCCUGAAAACUAUGGUAUGGAUGACGGGUAUCAUGAACUUAGAAAAGGUGCAAAUGACCAGUGGAAUGUAACGAAGUCAUACUAUCAAAAAGCUGCAGAAGCAUAUUCCAAAGGAGGGAGGGCUCAUGCGGCUUACCUUUCUGACAAGGGAAGAGCGGCAUCUAAAUUAGCUCAACGAGCAGAUGAGAGGGCAAGCCAAGAUAUAUUCGUCGCUAGAAACAAGGGUAUAGAGAAUAUGAUAACCAUUGAUCUGCAUGGUCAACAUGUUAAACAAGCAAUGAGGCUCUUGAAGAUGCAUCUCUUACUCGGAGCAUAUGUCCCUUCCAUUCAGACACUACGUGUGAUCACAGGAUGUGGGUCUCAUGGGUUUGGGAAGUCCAAAGUGAAACAAUCGGUGACAAAGCUGCUAGAAAGAGAAGGCGUUGCGUAUUGUGAAGAGAACAGAGGGACAUUACUGAUCAAGCUUGAGGGAUGUAGUAGAGAGUUUAGUUUCUUAGACACAGAGAGUGACUCUGAUUUAAGUUAAAACUAAAACUAAACUCAGGUUUUAGCUUUAGAUCUUAUAAUUAUAUCUCUGUCUAUAUCUCAUUCUAGCUGUGUGUGUAAAGUAAAUGUUAAGCAGCACGUCUCUUCCUUAAUCAUCCUUUUUAUAUUUUCACAUUAUCUAAGAGUUAUGAAACACUUUGGCUGACA